AUGACUUGUGGUAUCUCCUGUGUAGACAAUGCGCUAAAUAGAUCCUUCUACAAGCUGGGCCUCUUCAUCGGAAGGCAUCCAGGCUACUUUCUGAUUGUGCCAGUCCUGCUGGCUCUGCUGUGUAUGACCGGCUAUCAACAGAUCAAAUAUGAAAUCGACCCGGAGUAUUUGUUCUCGCCGAUCCGCGGCGAGGGCAAAUCGGAACGUGCCAUCGUCGAGAGCUACUUCAAGGUCAACUAUACGCACCGUUUCAACGUUGGACGAAUUACACGGCCGGGACGUUUCGGCCGAGUAAUUGUGAUUUCGAAGGACGAAAGCAACAAAAACCUCUUACGAAGCGAAGUCUGGCAGGAGCUGCGACUGUUGGACGGAAUUAUCCAAAAUGCGACAGUCCAGUACGAUGGGGAAACCUUCACCUACCGCGAGGCCUGCGCCCGGUGGGAAAACGAAUGCUUCACGAAUGACAUUCUCAACCUGGAUAAAAUCAUCGAUGAGGUUGAAGCGGGUGAUUUAAAUCUUACGUUUCCAGUCAUGUUCAAUCCCGUCACGUGGGACGCGCAUGUGUUUCCGGUGUUCUUCGGCGGGACGCAGGUGUCGGAGGAUAACAUUAUCAUUUCGGUGCCAUCGCUGCAGCUAGUGUACUUUGUGACGGCCGACUCGAAGCGCCAGGAUGCACGGGGCGCCGCCUGGGAGGAAGCGUUCCUGGAGGCCGUCGGCUAUGCAGAGGACAACGGCGUGUUCAAGCACAUCUCCGUGGCUCGCUUCGCCUCGCGUACCCUCGACCACGAGCUGGAGCGAAACACGCGAACGGUGAUACCGUACUUCAGCUCGACGUUCGUCCUAAUGAUACUGUUUAGCGUGGUGACCUGCAUGAUGGGCGACGUGGUGCGUUCCAAGCCAUGGCUCGGCCUGAUGGGCAACAUCUCAGCGGUGAUGGCAACGUGCGCUGCCUUCGGACUGGCCAUGUACCUGGGCAUCGAGUUCAUCGGAAUCAAUUUGGCGGCACCGUUUCUUAUGAUUGGUAUCGGUAUUGACGACACAUUCGUGAUGCUCGCCGCCUGGCGACGCACGUCGGUGAAGCUGUCGGUGCCGGAGCGCAUGGGCCACACGAUGUCCGAGGCGGCCGUGUCCAUCACCAUCACCUCGCUGACCGAUAUGAUCUCGUUCUGGAUCGGCAUCCUCAGCCCGUUCCCGUCGGUGCAGAUCUUCUGCGCGUACAGCGGAUUCGCCGUCUGCUUCACUUACCUCUGGCACAUCACGUUCUUCGCCGGCUGCAUGGCCGUGUCCGGUCACUGCGAGUUCAAAAAUCUGCAUGCCAUCUUCGGAUACAAGGUUCUACCGGAAUCGGUUGCUAUAAAAGAAAAACGAUCAUGGCUGUAUCGGAAGUUGAACACCGGCGGAAUCAACCGGGACGAUCCGGAUAAUCCGAUCGACAACAAGGAGCACGCGCUGAUGGCGUUCUUCCGCGAAACGAUGGCACGCAUACUGAACAAGGGCUGGACGAAAACCAUCAUUCUGGUCAUCUUUGCCGCCUACCUUGGCGGGGCCUGCUUCGGGCUGACGAAGAUCAAGGAGGGCCUGGAGCGCCGCAAGCUGUCCAAGGCCGACUCGUACUCGGUGAAGUUCUUCGACCUGGAGGACGAGUACUACCGCGAGUUCCCGUACCGGAUCCAGGUGAUCGUGACCGGCGAUCAGAACUAUUCCGAUCCACACACGCAGAUGCAGAUCGAGGAGUUGAUGCAGUCGCUCGAGAACACCUCGUACGUCACGUCACCGCUCUACAGCGAGUCCUGGCUUCGAUCGUUCAUAUCGUACGUGGAUCGCAACAAUGACUACCUCAACCUGACGCUGGACAGCGAGCAGGCAUUCAUCGACGCACUACGAGAGAUUUGGCUCUUCCCGGCGAAUCCGUUCUCGCUAGAUGUCAAGUUCAACGAAGCCGGCACGAAGAUACUCGCCUCGCGCUUCAUGAUACAGGCGGUCAACAUUACGGACACGAACCACGAGAAGGUGAUGGUCAAGGAUUUGCGGCAGAUCUGCAAGGAUUCGCCUCUGAACGCCACUGUCUUCCAUCCCUACUUUGUGUUCUUCGAUCAGUUUGAGCUCGUGCGGCCAACCUCGAUCCAGUCGAUGAUCGUCGGAGCGCUGAUUAUGAUGCUGAUAUCGUUCAUCUUCAUACCGAACUUCCUGUGCUCGCUCUGGGUUGCGUUCUCGAUCAUCUCCAUCGAGCUAGGUGUCGCAGGCUAUAUGGCCCUGUGGGACGUGAACCUGGACUCGAUCUCCAUGAUCAACCUCAUCAUGUGCAUCGGCUUUUCGGUGGACUUUACCGCGCACAUCUGCUACACGUACAUGUCUUCCAAGGCGCGCACGCCGGAUGAGCGAGUCCGCGAGGCACUCUACAGUCUCGGCAUGCCGAUCGUACAGGGUAGCACGAGCACGAUCCUCGGCGUGGUGGCGCUCCUGCUGGCGGACAGCUACAUCUUCCUCGUGUUCUUCAAGAUGGUCUUCCUGGUGAUCUUCUUCGGUGCCAUGCACGGACUGUUCUUGCUCCCGGUGUUGCUGUCCCUGUUUGGGCCGGGCUCUUGCACCUCCAACUACCAUCCGGACGACGAUCACAAACUGUCGGCGGUGGAGAAAUCCUACCCGCACCCGUACUGCAUUUCCCAUCCCCAGCUCGCCCUAACUGGAGCGUUCGGCAGUAAGAACUUCCUCGGCGCACCGUACAAGGCGUACGGUGAGGAUAAAGACCUCGGUAUCGGCACAUCCGGCGAGGACUCGAGCGAAAGCUCCAGCAGCAAGUCCCAGCGUCGGCAGGCGAUCGAAGACGAAAACACUCGCCGCCGGUACGAGGAGGGCUGGCGACGCUCGACGCACAAUCUCACCGGCCAAAGCCAGUUCCAGCCAAUGCUGGAUCUGUACGGCCAGGAAGCGCUGUGGACCAAGACGGCCAGCAAAGUGCCUCCGCUGAAAGUGGCCAACGGCCGGUACGGCUACGACGACAUGCUGCUGAACGUGGCCCAAGGCCAAACGACGACGGCUACUCGGAAGCAGCGCUCAGCAGACCUGGAGCACGACCGCCCGGAAGACCAUCGGCGCGAUCGCCGGAGGUCGGCCGAGGACGAGCGGUACAAGUCGCGCUACGAAGACAACCGGACGUUCGUUGACGACGAAAUGUUGGACGAUACCGACUACCAGCACACGAACCGCUACUACGUCUACGACACCAGCCACGUGAAGCGGCUCUCGAACGACAGCAGCGCCGCCGGCAGCAGCAACAGUGGCCAUACCCACAACCACAACACUGGGGGCGGCCAUCACGUAGCACAGGGCGGUGGUCCUUCCAGCGACCAGCACAACAUGGUCGUCCCCAACAGACGAAAGUUCUCGGACGAGAGCGACAAUCGGGGCCGACGCCACAGUGACGAACGGCGCCCACGAAAGUUUUCCCCACCGGAAGGCAUCUACAAGCAGAACCCGCACCGUUCGUCCUCCCAGCACAACCUGUACUAUCCCCGGCAACCGCCGCAGCGGACCGCCUCCCAGAGCAGCCUACACCAACUGCGACACAUGGGCGACAUGAGAUUUCCUUGACGACCCUUGCCCUGACCCAAUCCUGAACGUUACCAACCAUUCUAGAAUGAACUGAUUGUCUGUAAACUCUGUACGUAAACUAAUUGAACGAGUCCCCCAAAAAAGCAGUAUGUGUGUUAGCGAAUGUAUGUAAGAGCAAAAAGAGAGAGAAAGAGAAAGAAAGAGAGAGAAAAAGCGAAAGGGCGUCUGAAGCGUACGAAGGACGGAAUGUAUGUAUAGUUAAGCUAAAAAAUAGGUGCAAAUCACAGAAAAGUUAAUUCUGAUGCAGUUACACCUGACCCGCACAAAAGACUAAGUUCAUGCUUACUAUUUCAUCGCAACUCUUUUGUAUUUAGAUUCCAUACAUACUUCAUCACUUUAGUUUUGUUUUAUCAUUAAGGGAUUGGUGUUCGCAUAACCUAACAUCAUAGAGGAUGGUCUUACACCCCGCUUUUCCAAAGUCCAUGACCCCGUCUUUUCGCAUCGAUAAUUUCUUCUCAUCGUGGUUUUCCAGAUAACGUACUUCUUCCUAGUGAGUGAACAAACGCAUCGGUACGACUUGCAUCGUUCCCGUUUAUAAAUAUUUAACUUAAGAUUUUUUAUCUUCCCCCCCUCCCGCGAGAAUCUAAGUUUAUGGAAUAGAGCUCCACUUUGCCUGUGAGAUUUGUGUACAGGAGUGAUAUUGUAACGCGAAUAUACAUGAUAGUAAAUGGCUUUCGCGUGUGGACACGCAUGAUGACUAGAGUUAAGAAUCCUCUAUAAUAAUAACGUUUGCAAGCGAAACCCAACACUCUUUAGAUGAGUGUAGUGGAAUGGCUAUGGUGAUGUUUCAUUGCUUCUGCGUAAAACUUAUAUGCUGUGGAGAUUCAUGAGAAUUACAUCUUUCUGGUGCCCAUGUGUAAAUUAUAAUAUUGUAUAGUCGAGGCAGUGGUUUCUGUAGCCGCAGCUGCCAGUAUACACCAACGGUCCAACGUAUAGCCGUUUAAAACAGUGCUUCCAUUCGGCUGGUUCACGAUACCUUAUACUACUAUCCUACAGCUUUUUCCGGAAGUUUUUCGAGUGUACUAAGGGGUGGUUUCCUGUUAGCUUUAAGGGACACAUUUUCAAAUCCACUGUGUAAGAUAUAUAACAACAAAUGAAAAAGAAACAGAAAAUGUAGCAAGAAUUCGAUUUUGAAAAACGUCUGUUUGUUUUAAAGGUCGAAUGGAAGGCAGACGAAUUUCAGCUGUAGUGAUGAUGCCGCUCGAAUAAAAUCACGAUCAAGUGAUCGCACGUGGAACGCACGUUCUUACACCCGUUUGUCUUUGGUCUAACUACCGUGGUCUUGGUCAAAAGCAACGGCUUAGAGAACCGAUUCGAAUAAA